AACUGAUUCAUGUGUCCACUCAGAGACGCCACCUACCUGCUCCCAGGUAUUCAGGCACCUCUCCACCAAGGCUGCAGCGACUGCACCUUGGCCAGCCUGGGAGCGACUCCAUUCAUCCACCAGGGAUGAGAGCUGCUUGGCUGCUGCUCUGAGUGCCCCAGCCGAGGCUCCAAGAGGUCCCGGCUGGCUCCUAGGAGACAUUGAUUUGUGCCCCAGGAAAUACUGCUUUGCUGAGUUGUCUCCAAGUCAAUCAUGAACCAGCCAGACCCUGCCGAUGACCCAGACUCCAGCUCGGAGCCCCUGUGUGUGGUGUGUGGUCAGUACCACUCCCCCGAAGAAAACCACUUCUACACCUACACCCAAGAUGUCGACGACGAUCUCAUCUGCCACAUCUGCCUGCAAGCCUUGCUAGACCCCCUGGACACUCCCUGCGGACAUACCUACUGUACUUUCUGCCUCACCAACUUCCUGGUGGAGAAGGACUUCUGCCCCGUGGAUCGCAAGCCUUUGGUUCUGCAGCACUGCAAGAAGUCCAGCAUCCUGGUCCACAAACUCCUCAACAAGUUGUUGGUGACCUGCCCUUUCACAGAGCACUGCUCCGAGGUGCUGCCGCGCUGUGACCUGGAGCAUCACUUUCAAACAAGAUGUAAAGGUGCCUCCCACUACGGCCUCACCAAAGACAGGAAGAGGCGCUCCCAAGAAGGUGGUCUCGACGGCUGUGCCAGUCUCACGGCCGCGACCCUCUCCUCAGAGAUCUCUGCGGCUGCCACCAUCUCCUUAAUGACGGACGAGCCCGGCCUGGACAACCCUGCCUACGUGUCCACGGCAGAGGACGGCCAGCCAGCCAACAGCCCACUGGAUCCUGGCCGGAGCAACCAAACCAGAACAGGGCCCUUUGAGCGGUCUACUAUCAGAAGCAGAUCUUUCAAGAAAAUAAAUCGAGCCUUGAGUGUCCUUCGGAGGACAAAGAGCGGAAGUGCAGUUGCCAACCAAGCUGAGCUGGGUGGGGAAAAUACCCCUGCCCCCGAAGCCUUUCCCAGGUUGUAUCACCUGGUUCCAGAUGGUGAGAUUACCAGCAUCAAGAUCAAUCGCACGGACCCCAACGAGAGCCUCUCCAUUAGGCUCGUGGGAGGCAGCGAAACCCCACUGGUCCACAUCAUUAUCCAGCACAUUUAUCGCGACGGGGUGAUUGCCAGGGAUGGCCGGUUACUGCCGGGGGACAUCAUACUAAAGGUCAACGGGAUGGACAUCAGCAACGUCCCUCACAGCUACGCCCUGCGCCUCCUGCGACAGCCGUGCCAGGUGCUAAAGCUCACGGUGCUGCGAGAGCAGCAGGUCCGCAGCAGGAGCACCGGGCUGGCCCUGGACACCUACAACUUCCGGGAAGACAGCUUCCACGUGAUUCUCCACAAAAGGACCCCCGAGGAGCAGCUUGGGAUCAAACUAGUACGCAAGGUGGACGAGCCCGGCGUGUUCAUUUACAACGUGCUGGACGGCGGCGUGGCAGACCGGCACGGGCAGCUGGAGGAGAACGACCGCGUGCUGGCCAUCAACGGACACGACCUGCGAUACGGCAGUCCGGAGAGUGCCGCCCACCUCAUUCAGGCCAGCGAGAGGCGAGUCCACCUCAUUGUGUCCCGCCAGGUUCCACUGAGCCCCGACAUCUUCCAGGAAGCAGGCUGGAGCAGCAAUGGCAGCCGCUCCCCAGGGCUGGGAGAGAGGAGCCACACACCCAAGUCCCUCCACCCUUCUGUGACUUGCCAUGAGAAGGUGGUAAGUGUCCGAAAAGAACCCAGCGAGUCCCUUGGCAUGACUGUGGCUGGGGGAGCAUCGCACAGGGAAUGGGAUUUGCCCAUCUACGUCAUCAGUGUGGAGCCCGGAGGAGUCAUAAGCAGAGACGGGAGAAUAAGAACAGGUGACAUUUUGUUGAACGUGAACGGGGUUGAGCUCACGGAGGUCAGCCGGAGUGAGGCCGUCGCUUUAUUGAAAAGCACGUCGACCACCCUGGUACUCAGGGUGCUGGAAGUCAAAGAGCAGGGGACCCAGGAAGACUGCGGCAGCCAGGUCGCCGAGGACUCCAACCACAACACCCCCCCACCGGGCGACUGGGUCCCCUCCUGGGUCAUGUGGCUGGAGUUACCGCGAAACCUGUACAGCUGUAAAGACAUUGUGUUACGGAGGAACACAGCUGGAAGUCUGGGCUUCUGCAUUGUCGGAGGCUACGAAGAACACAGGGGGAACAAACCUUUUUUUAUUAAGUCCAUUGUUGAAGGGACGCCAGCAUACCACGAUGGCAGAAUCAGAUGUGGUGAUAUUCUCCUUGCUGUCAACGGCAGAAGCACAUCGGGAAUGGUACAUGCUUGCUUGGCAAGGAUGCUCAAAGAACUUAAAGGAAGAAUUACUCUCACUAUUGUUUCUUGGCCUGGCACUUUUUUAUAGAAUCAACAGCGUGAUAGACAAACAGAAAAUCACAAAUAGGAUAAUUAGGUGGAAACCAAGUAUUUAUCUUGUCAAUUUUUAUAUUUAAAGAAUACACUGUAAAAAUGUACACAUUAAUGUCGGGAAAAGUAUGAUCUCAUGAAAGCCAAUUACACCUCAAUGUAAGUAAGUCUCAAAAAUGAAAACUACCCCUAUGUUUUUAUUGUCAGGGAUUUCAUUACUCCACAACCUUAUGUUUAUAUUUUUCUAUUCAAUAGAACGCCCUGAAUUCGCUGGCAGGGUUUACAUGCCCCGGUGAAUUAAAAUCAUACAAUUAAAUUAAUGCUGAAGUCUACAAUGGGCACAUGAUGGGCAUUUAAAAACUUAAAAGUCAGAGGAUUUUAAAAGUGUAUUAAGAAAUGUUCAAGGAGAAUAAAUAUUUUUCAAAAAUUAUAACUGUCUUUAGUAUGUGAUCCUCAUUUCUACUGUCAUUAUUUUUUUUAAAAAGAUCCUAGCUACUUCAUUCUCUCAAGUACAGACACACAUUUUUCCUAGGGUUAUCCUUAAAACAAAGGCUUAUAGAAUUAUAAACUUCCAUUUUCUUAGCUUUAAUAAGAAAAGACUGAUUUACUAAAGCACUUGCCCUAAGUUACUUUGUCUUCACCCUGUAGCUUGUAUCACCAAUACCACAUGAUGGUCUAGCAACAAGCUUAGGCAGGUCCAAUAAGCUUCACUACGGAUGGCCACGAGGCAAUUCCUAUUUGUCUCCCAGUGGCCAGUGUUCUUACAUGUGCCUCCUCGAAAUAACAAGGAAGCGUUACCUCACACAAGACCACCAAAUGCCUUAUUGGCUUAUUUUGGAUAUAAGUGCCCCAUGUAGUGUACCCAGAAACCCAAAUUUCAAAUACCCCAAAACCUAUGGAAAAGUUGUGAUAUAAAAAUGUGUACAAACCCUUUCAUUAUGCUACGCAAGAUAAAGACUACUUUACUCUCGAGACUCCAGGGGUUACCUGGUCAUCUUUUACAACCAUUUAAGGAGACCAAUUUUCAAUUACCCCAUGUAAAUUAUGUCCAAGGAAAAGCCCAGCCCUUUAUUGAGAUACUGUAUAUAAUAAACUAUUUUUCACGUGACAGAGCUAAACAGUUUUUCCCACUUCCUUGCUGAGUGACUCAUUCAUAUUACACUUUCUUGAAUAUUAUGUCAUUCCUAUCUUUUUAUUUUUUAAA